AUGUCUAGAAUAGGAAGAUUUAAUUUAGUUGUUUUAGCUGGUUCUGCAAAACCAAGUCCAAGUAUUGGCCAAACGCUUGGACCUUUAGGUAUAAAUAUGAUGACGUUUUUUAAAGAAUUCAAUGAGAGAACAAAAAAUAUAUCAAAGAAUGUUCCAAUUCAAGUUACAUUGGAGCCUUUAAAUGAUAGAUUUUACUUAAGAACACCCACUGUUGUUUGGUUCAUAAGAAGAUGUGCUAGAGUUCCCAUGUUCAGUUCAACACCAAAGCAUCAUACUGUUGGUUCUAUUACUCUAGCUGAAGUUUUUCAUAUUGCAAAAUGUAAACGUAUGGAUCCCCCGCUGAUAAAUUUAUCAUUAAAAAGUAUAUGCAAAUAUAUUAUUGGAACAUGUAACAGUAUGGGCAUAAAAGUGUGUAGGGAAUUGGAUGAUGAAAGUAAAAAAAAAUAUUUUGUAGACAUUAAUAAAUUAGAUAAUAUAAAAAAAGAUAUUAGAAAUAGGAAUAAACAACAAAAAAGAUCUAAAAAAUAA